AUGAAAGGCGGCAAAAAGUCCACCUCAUCUACGUCGGGAGCGGCUGCCGGCCCCAAACCCGUGGUUGUCGUACUCGCUGGCCUGCCCGGCUCUGGCAAGUCUACUUUUGCGACGGAGUUGGAGAGGACGAGCGGGGAGAUGUGGGUUCGUGUGUCGCAGGACGACCUGGGCUCAGCCGACGAGGUCAAGAAACAGAUGGAGAAGGCAAUCAAGCGAAAGAAGAGCGUGAUAGUGGACCGGUGUAAUUUCUCUGCUGGCGAUCGCAAGAUGUGGGUGACAGAGGCGAAGCGGUACGGGGCAACACACAUCGAGGCCAUCUACUUUGAUGUGCCCAAGGAGGAGUGCAUACGACGAGCAAGCCUGCGUCGCGGUCACCCCACCCUCUCCGCCGCCAAGGCGGAAGAGGUGAUCAGCGAGUUCUCGGGCGCGUUCGCGCUGCCGACCAAGUACGAGGGCUUCGCGCAGGUGACGGCACUCACCGCCGACGCCACGCAGGUCCGCAACGAGCUCAAGCGACUACGCGACCUCGCCCCCGCCGCCAAGCCCGCCAAAAAGAAAUGA